AUAGACUUCAUGGAAAUUUAACUUCCGCGUCCCAUGUUUAAAGGAUCUGAACAAUAUAUUACGGCUAACAUGAUCAUUUUUAUUUAGUUAAAUUAGUUUAAAACCCGGACUUGUUUCAUUUAAAUAUCAUAGUUUGUGAAGUCGCUGAAUAUUGACCUGGAGAUGAAAAUAUAUAUGCAUAUAUAAAUAUGUAAUAUCUAAAUAAGGGACAAUAUAAUCGUUACACAAAAUGGCGGAUAGUGGAAGUAAAAUAGGAGAGGAUGAUGAAGUUCCUGGUCGUGUGAAGGAACAUUUGUGUCAACCAUGUUUAAGUAAGGAUAAGCAAACUGUAGCUGACAAGUUUUGUUCAACUUGUAAUGAAUUCCAAUGCAAUGAUUGUUCAAAUGUACACAACGUGCUCGCCAUCUUGAAAAAUCAUAAAUUGGUGAGCGUGAAAGAAGCUGAUGCUACAAGUAUUUCGUUUAAAAUGAAGGCCUUAGAUCUAUGUGGUGAUCAUCAACACUCUUUUGAAUUUUUCUGUGAAGAUGAAAAAAAGCUCUGCUGCAGUAAAUGUGCAAUUGUGUAUCAUCGAAAAUGUCACAGCGUUGUAGAAAUUGAGAAGAUUGCCGGAAAAAUAUCCUCACCAAUUUCUACCUUAGGGGAGAAAUUGAAGGAAGCUAAGGAAGCUGCUGAGGGUGUUGCGAAACAUAUUCGCUCUUCUAAAGAUCAACUUGCUCAAGAUAUAAAAGAAAUACAAGUAGAGGUUAGACGAAUGCGAGACGAAGUUAUGAAAAUGUUUGACGAUUUAGAAGAUUUGGUUGUCAAGAGAGCUGAAAUUCUUCAGAGAGAAACAUUAGAAAAUCUGACAAAGAAGCAAACACGAAACGAAAAACAUUUGGCUGAUGUAACAUCGUGCAUAGAGACGAUUGAAAGCAUUUUCAAAAAUGGGACUCUAGUGCAGAAAUAUAUAGCAGAACAUAAAAUGGAGAGUAACGUCAAUGUUCUCUGCGAAAGCAUCGACGAGGAGUGUCAGAACUUAGAGAAUGUGAACAUUUUUUUUCAUUUUGACGAAACAAUAAAACUGCCGCCAUUACCAGUUACUGAAUUUAUUCCAGGAGAAUUACAAUUAAAGUUUAAUCACCAGGAAGAUGUUACAUCUGUUAACAUGAUGAUGACUUUAACACCAGUUUCUUCUAUUGCUUUAAAAAAGACGGGAGAUGAUAUCGAUGAACCGUUUUAUAGAGGCAUAGAUUGUUUACCUGAUGGUAGACUGGUGGCUGUGGAUAACAAAAACAAGAAAUGUUUAGUGUACAAUGAGAAGCUUGAGAAAGUAGGAUCAUAUCAGCUAUCACACCACCCAUUAUCUGUUGUUGUAGUAUCUGAAGAGAAAGUAGCGAUUACACAUGGUCACAAUAUAGAAUUUCUGCAUGUUAGUAAAUGUAAUGAAAUAAGUUCAAGUAGGACAUGUAAAGUGAAAACGAAAUAUGACUCAAUAUGUUUAAAAGGUGAUAGACAUUUCGUAGUAGGGACUUAUGAUGAACCAAGAUCUGUUCGUAUUGUAUCAUUGGCAGGAGAGGAGCUUGAUUUUAGUGUAAACUUACCAAACAAGAUAUAUCCUGCAGAUUCAAGCGAUUGUACUUACAUAAAGAGCAGUGACAAAUUGGUGAUUACAGACAGAGACGAGGAUACAGUCUUCAUAUAUGAUAUCAAGACAGACUCAAGAGUCGUAAUAAAGGAUGACCAGAUACAGGAACCACGUGGUGCAGCAGUUGGUCUUUCUGAUACUAUCUUGGUGUGUUGUCGUACAACAAACACCAUUGUACAGAUAUCACAAACAGGUCAGAUAUUAUCAUCGUACAAGUUAGAAAUGAAACAUCCAUAUAAAGUGUGUGUAUCACGUGAUAAAUCAUUUCUUGUUGUUAUAAAUAGCUGUGAAGGAAAUAUGAAAAUGCAGAAAUUCAAAAUAUCAUGUUAGAAACACAAUCUUCUGUUUUACAUAGAAGAUUUACACAUCCAUUCAAAGUUUUUAAAGCAUGAAAGAAAAAAAUAUCGGUUACAUAUGAUGGAUGGAUCAAGAAAUUAUACUGACGGUCUAGCACCAAUGUAGCUGUUCGUAACAAAAAAGACAUUCAAAUAAAACAAUGUGCUGAGAAAAAGUGCCUUAAUCAAAAUGUAGUAUAUUUCUGCUAUGACAAACAGACUUAUCAUCGCUAACACCAGGAGACUAUACAAAAGUUAUAAUCAAUUAUUUCAAUUCAUAUAUAAUUUUUAUUAAAAUUAAUGCACAUGGGCAUUAAAUUUGAAAUUCACCAAGUAAUCGACAGAUUAAACACUCAGUGAAACCGAGUGUAAUUUUAUUGUGAUUAAUGUUUCCAAAGAAUCACUCUUUCUCUAAAUUUUCAUUUUGCACGGCUUAUAUGUAAAGUAGUUAUGUUCUGUACCAUAGUUAUCUUAUUUUUUAAUCAUCACAUAAUGUUGACUGUAUACUACAUAUAUACAUUUGUUUUAAAAUACUAAUUUGUCGAUGUCCUCAUUGUUUUGUUCAAAUACAGGUGAUUAAAUUUCACAACGAUCUUUUAACUAAUCCUUAAUCUGCUAGAACCCAAAGUGAUUAGCCUUUGCCACCAGUAUACAGCCAAGCCAGCAUGUACAUUCGAGCAUCUUUCUAUUCUAAUACUAAAAUCUUUUACACUUAAAAUGGAAUCUACCAAACUUUUAAAAGGCAAAUCCAUUUUUUCACGCAUUAAGCAGGUAAAGGAUUAAUAACAAGAAAGGUUCUCAUCAGUUUCGUUUUCUUGGCUUCAGUUAACGUUUCGAUGAUAAGAUAUAACAUAAUAUAAUAGAUAAAUGUAUGUAUAGAAUUAUUGUUAUGUAAGAAAAUGUAUAUAUUUUAUUGUGUUGUUUAUUAAAUAUGUUAUAUCAUGCUUUUCAGGAUGAAUAAAAUAUAACU